CUACUGUAGGAAUCAAUGAGAUCAAGGCAUCAGAGGUUUCCCAGUUUACGUCAUGCAUCUUUCUGCCCCCUCCACGUGUACUGUCGGGACUUUUUCCCGUCGCCGUCGCCUCCUCGUUCUUGCAAGAAUCUCCUGAACAACCCCCUCCACCUCCAUGAACGCCGCGCCGCCACCCGAACCAUGUUGAAGCUCCAGCUCCGGCAGCAGCUCCACCUCGCCGCAGCCGCUCCCCGCCUCCUCCCUCGCCGACCCAUCACUCCCGACAGCUUCUCGAUCACGACCCGCCAGCCGUUUCCGCCGCCGAGCCCCUCCUCUCUCCGCUCCCGCCUCCGCGCUUCCCGGCGGCGCGCCUCCGGUUUCCCUCAGGGAGGCGGCGGGGGCAAUCUGGUGGGGGAUGCCAGGAACUGGAGCCGCGCCAUCAACUCGGUGUACGGGGAUGAUGAUGAUCACGAGGACGGCAGCGAUGAGGAUGAGGAUCGGAGCUUGGACCUGCUGGUGAGUUUCGUCCAGAACGUGUUCCGGAAGGUCUCCAGGAAGGCGAGGAAGGCCGUGCGGUCGGUUCUGCCCGUUUCGAUUUCGACCCAAUUGGUCAACUUUUCCGUAAAUGGGGUCCUGAUUUUGGCAUUUCUGUGGGUCUUGAAGGCAUUUCUGGAGGUUGUAUGUACCCUUGGAAGCAUUGUGUUCGUUAGCAUCUUGCUGAUCCGUGGAGUGUGGUCUGGGGUUACUUACAUGCAAGAAAACCAUACUUAUAAGAUGAACGAAGCCGACGAUGAUCAUCGUGCAUGGAGUGGGGCACAGCCAGUUACGUAGUUCAUGCACACAACUGAACUGGACAUUGUGCAGGAAGGAUCAAAGAAGGCAAUAGUGUUAUCCUUCCCAAGAGCAAAUUCAUAGAUCGCCAUUGAUUAUUCUCGGCCAAUUCAUUUCUCAGCAGCUAUGCGUAUUCGCAUCAAGUUCUAGAUUGAGCAGCACUUGAAUCAUCACCCCAAUGCGGUUGAUUGGAAUGAAAGCCGGCAUGCGUAAUUUCGGGUCGGAACGGCUCUUCCCUAAUAAUUGUCUGCUGAAAAUAAGAGGUAAAAGAGCAGCUCUCUUGGUUAGACUCACGGGUAAUGCCCAAUUCUUUGGUGACCUUGUACUGGUUGCUCUUUCUUCCUUUAGCUUAGUUUAGAUCAUAGGAUGUCUUUCAACGCUUUAAAUAAUUUUGAAUGGUGAGAUCUUUGGUCAAAUAAAUGAAGGACGACAUGAGGUGUUAUUUUUAUUUUAUUUUA